AUGACAAAUGGCUGCGGAACUGGAUUCUUUUCUAAUAUCGUGAAGUAUUUUUAUACACUUUUCUCUAAGGAUGCUGUUAAAAUAAAAACGCCACCAGCAUUAGUAGCAGCAGCAGCAGCAGCACCAGCUUCACCAAAAAACGAGAGAAAAACAUUAUUUCAUGUUUCAAAAAAUUUCUCUACGUGA